AUGAUGCUGCCACAGUCAAUUCUCAUCGCAUCUGCGUUCCUCACAUCCCCAACUCUGGCCGCUGUCUCGUCGGAAUUCCAGAAUAUCCUGCAGAACACCCAUAGAGGUGAUGGAUAUAGAUAUCCUACUGAUCUGACAAGAGGAAUUGUGCCUAUCCCUGUUCAUUCGCACAAUGACUAUUGGAGAGAUAUACCUUUCUACACUGGUCUUUCAAAAGGCUGUAUGUCCACAGAAGCAGACGUCUGGCUUUAUAAUGGGACACUUUAUGUUGGCCAUGAUGAGUCUUCGUUGACUGAAGAGCGAACGCUCGAGUCUCUCUACAUCGACCCCAUGCUAGAUGUACUCAAACGCCAGAAUCCCAAGAGCGUGUUUGCGACUUCGCCUACCAAGAACGGCGUAUUCGACACUGAUAGAUCACAGACUCUGUACUUUUUCAUCGACACAAAAACAUCUGGUCAUGAGACUUUUAAAGCCGUCAUUUCCGCCCUGCAGCCACUGCGCGAUCUGGAUUACCUGACGACUCUGAAAGAUAACAAGACCAUCACCGAUGGCCCCAUUACCGUCAUUGGGACUGGAGAAACACCUCUUGACAUGGUUGGACCCGUUGCGAACCGGGACUACUUCUUCGACUCGGAUCUUAAAUCCUUGGAGGAGAAUGAAGAUAUCACGUCCUUGAUCUCUCCCAUUGCGUCGACGAGCUUCAAAGCUACAGUCGGCACGGUGAGCGCUGAUACAGAACCAGCCUUGAGCAAUGAUCAGCUCACAACUCUUCGAUCGCAGAUUGCUACUGCCAAGGAACGGGGGAUUGGGGCCAGAUACUGGGAUACGCCGUCAUAUCCGAUCCGGACGCGCAAUCUGCUUUGGCGAACGCUUCUGCGAGAAGGCGUGGCUUUAUUGAAUGCUGAUGAUCUUAACGCUGUUUCAGAUUAUUUUUAG